AAUCAGUGACCAGAUCUUCAUCUGUGUUGCUGCAGGUCAUCACCUUCAUUCUGCAAUGGAGCUCCAGCAUCUAAUGUAUGUAGAGACACUCACCUGUAGACGUGGUAACCUGGAAUUGUCUCCCACCUCCAAUUUCUCCCUCUUGUCAGGGGAGCUACAGGAACACUAAGGGAUGGUCCAUCCCAACCUGUUACUAGGAGAAGCUGAGUGAGUCACUGCCUGCAGGUUCCCGUGUCUGUGUACUCACUGGAGAAGACAUCCAGAAUGCCAGUUUACCCUGGAUACCAGCUACUACAGGGACGGAAUCAGACGACAUCGAUCCUCUCCCUGUGAUUCCCUUCAGCAAAUAUCCCAGCAAAGGCUGCAGCCAGCACCGCUGGUUUCAGAGGAAAGGACAAAGACAUUUGCUCAAAGGAAGGUUCCUACCUGUCAGUGUUUGGGGAGGAAGUGUACAGCUUGCAUGAAGAUUACGUUGGAGCCCUUCAAAAGAAGUGGACAGAGCUCCCAAACCUCAGAGGUACAGAGACAACCAACUUUUGAAGAGUCCUUGAAGAGUCACACCAGACAUGUCUAUACAGAGCAACAAGCAGAGUUUGGGAUGGUUCUGGAACCAAUCCCAAGUCCUCUAAUAGCUGAACAAGUGCACAACUCAUCCCAUUUGGCUUCUCAUAGAAGUGGCCCCUUCCCUGGAACUGCCCAAGGAUCGAUUCUCAGGAGUUUGCAGAUCUCAGCCUCAGUAACAGGAUCCCAUCUCUGGAUAAAGAACAAGAAACCACUGAAGAGUGGAGAAGCCAGACCUCCUGUAGUAUGCAGUGGCCCAUCUUCAGCAGAGUAUAGUCCCAUGAAGAUUUUAGAUCACACUGGUGGAAAAACAUCCCUGGAGAAUAAGAACUGUGGUACCUCUCUCAGGCAGAUGAAAGUCUUGGUCCCAGACUUGCUUCAUUUUCACAAGAGUUCUAGCCAGAAGAGACAAAAUUCAGCUGCAGAUGCUUCUUCCUCUUCCUUCUUGGUCAGCCAUGCUCCCUCACACAACAUGGGCUUUGUGGCCCAGUUUUUGACCUGGAGAAAGGAACGGAGAAAGGUAAUUUACUUCCACUCAGCCACGAAGAACCUAAGAUAAGCUCCUCAGAC